UACUUGUGGACAUCGAGGUCUUCAAAAUCAUCCGACGUUAAAAUGCCGUAAGUGCUGAAAUCCUUUACCCUUGUGUGAAAGGUCGGUUUGUGGUCGGGAAUAGAAGCUCGCACAGAAUUUGGAAAGUGGACUAAGUUAUUUAUUAUAUUGUCUCAGCAUGCCACCGAAUCUGCAUGAAUACAUUUGGAAACUAUUUGUCUAUUAAUGCUGUAAUUGACGCGUCUUCAAGACGACAUUUGAAAGAAGUUUUUCAAAAGGCUAUUCAAACACAAUGCAAUUAGGCAGCAUUAAAAACAAGACAACACUUGCGAACGACAAACACAUAGAUCUAUCGAUAGACGAUGGGAAAUUGCGUGAAUGCUCGAAAACGGCGACGACUACAGCAGUUUCUUCACCUGGUAGCAACGACCGGCCAUCACUAAUGUCGUUGACUAACAUCUUAAUCCAGAGUUCAGCCACGAAGCAUUUACGAAUUCCAGAAAGAUCCCAAUCGGCUAUAAACAUUAGACCAACAUCCACAAAGAGACACAAGGACAAUAACCGAUUACGCUUCAACGUCUGCGGGGAAACGUUUGAGAUUUUGGAGAGCACGGUACAGCGUUAUCCCAACACGCUCCUCGCAGACUCGGCAAAACGCGAUAGGUAUUGGGAUGAAGAUCAUCAGGAAUUCUAUUUGGACCGGAACAGAGCCUGUUUCGAAUCGGUUCUGACCUAUUACCAGAGCUACGGCAUCCUCAUCCGGCCGCAAAACAUCCCCGAUGUCUUGUUCUUACGCGAGCUACAGUUCUACGACUUGGGCGACGAGGUGUUGCAGAAAGUUCGAGGUGACGCAGGAGAGCAGCCUAAAAGCAAGCCCGAAUGCCCCGAAGAGGAGCAAUUGAGCUCGGCUACAUUGCAGAGCAAAGUUUGGGACCUUUUCGAGCACCCUGAAACUUCCAAUGCAGCCCGGUUAAUAGCGUGGUUCAGUUGUACGACGGUAUUGUUGUCCAUAAUACUUUUCUGCGUAGAAACCUUGCCAGAAUUUUCGAAGAAAGAUGAAUCUGGAAAAACCAAGAAUUACCACACCUUCUUUAUAAUCGAGAGUCUGUGCAUCGCGUGGUUUACGUUCGAGUAUUUGACACGAUUGAUAACUUCUCCAAACAAAUGGAAAUUUGUGAAGGAGGCAUUGAAUUUGAUCGAUCUGAUUGCAAUUCUGCCAUAUUUUCUUAACUUUGCUUUGAGUGGAAAAGAUUCGAAUGUUUCCUCAGUGGCCAUUUUGAGAGCGGUCCGUUUGGUGCGAGUUUUUAGGGUGUUUAAACUGUCACGAUAUUCGUCUGGCUUGAGGAUAUUAGGUAUGACCCUGAGCGCGAGUAUUGGCGAGUUGGGUUUGUUGGUUUUCUUCUUAAGUGUUGGUGUGGUGCUGUUCGCGAGUGCUAUCUACUACGCCGAGAUGAGCAGCGAUAAUAGUACAUUUCAUAGCAUACCUCAUGCGUUCUGGUGGGCCAUCGUUACCAUGACAACUGUUGGUUACGGCGACAUGUAUCCAACCACACUGGUUGGCAAAUGUAUUGGCACCGUUUGCGCAUGUUCGGGAAUUCUAGCCAUCGCCUUGCCGGUCCCAGUAAUAGUCGCUAAUUUCGAACGCUUCUACAGCCAAUCACAGCAAGAAGCGGCGAAGACCAAUCCGAAAGAGAGCAACAAAAAGGCGGCAAAAUACAAAGCUUUGAAAAAGUUUUUCGACCGACUACGUCAUCGGUCCAACUCGCAAAUCGACGAACACACGAAGGAGGAAUAUUAUGACAUGGGAGGCGAGGUUGCCGAGGAGGUUAACCAGAGCUCUGAGGGAAGUGAGCAGGAGCAUUCGUUGCUCGAUAAAACCUACGACUAUGAGAGAAACGAUGCCAAUAGUAUAACAAAUGUUUAAUGAAGUCAUUUUGGUGAGGCCACUUUGGGAAGCAAAAUGCAAGGAGUACUAUACUAAUUUUUUGAAAUUUUAAUAUCGAUCAGAUAAAAUCGUCAUUCUCAGGCAUUAGCUUGCGUUAGUUGAACUGAUUCUCAUAAAAAUUGUAAAAGCAGGUAGUACUACGUUUAGUCAAAUCAUUAAACUGAAGAAGACGGACUUCAGGUUUAAAACCUACAGACCUGGAGUGCUACCCAGGAAAUACCUCAUUACUUAACAGAAUGAAACACGUCAUGGAUGAGAAGUGCAACGUUUACAUACAGAAGCCAUUCUAUGUAAACAGCCUAUUAGAUCAGACUAAAGGCUAUGAGCUAAAGGCUUUGUUCGAGCUCGUUAAUUUGCUUUCGACACAAGGAAAAUUCUGCGUCUGAAACGGACCUCAUUGAUAAAAAGAACUCAAUGUUAUUGGCCACCCCAGAGGAGCUAGCUUUAUCGACAGCUAGUAUAUAAACGACUUUAUCUGGGAACUUCUAAUAUAUAGUGGCUGUUUACAUGAUUCUGGUCACCCAAAAGUAAAAAAGCGUUAAAUGACUUCAUUUGAAGUAUUAAGUAAUUCUUCAUGAAACAAACAUGCAUCACAAGCAUACAUGAUACAUUGUAAUAAUAACUACCAGAAUCACGUUAUUUACUUAUCUCAAUAGGGGUAUAUAUACUCAUAAAAUUAUAUCCCUCGAAAAGGUUGUUCAUACUCUGAAUCCUGGUAAAAACUGUGAGUGUGUAAAUAUAUAUAAAAGAAGUGUGUUAAUUAAUGAUUAUUUGCAGCUAUAUUUAAAUGUAUGCUAGUAAUGAAACCAAAUAUCAGUUCCUUCUCCAAACCACUUUCGGAGGCAGAUUUUAGUGGGUUUUUUACGUAUCACGUCUGCGGCACUGUAAAAUGAGCCGCUUUUCGUAUAUUUUAAAAUGAAUUGUGUUUCUCUUGAAAGCACGAAGGCGUGAUAUAUUAUAUAUGCAGGAACACAAUAGACAAGUGUAUGGCUAUAUUUAGUUGA